AUGGAGGCUAAUAUUUUGAAGCGUCGGAUUUGAUCACACAAGAAGAAAGCUGAGAAACGUUUUGGAAGAUCCUCUAAAAAUGUAAAGAAUUCGUAUAAAAUAAGAGAAAUUCAGGUAGAUUCGGACAGAGGUUCUGUUGAUAAGAGAGAAAAUAUAUCCAAAAUAACACCCAAAGCAAUAUCUAGAGCUACCCGCAGUUCUUUAGAAUUAAAGCCUGCAAUGCUUACUAAAAUUAGAUCAAUGAAGACGAAUAGGAAUAGAAGUUGAACUCAGUUACAAGAGUUUGAGGCUUCUCAUAAAGCGAAGAUUAUUAAUAGUCACAGGGGCGGUUACAGCUCCAAACUCAGACCAAAACGCCAAAAUAUGCAUCUCACUAGUCAAUCGAGCAACAAUAAGUUAAAAAUACCACUCUCCCACACACCUUCUCAAAGAAUACGAAAGAACAUUAACACUGCACGGAAACAACAUGGAUCUUUGCCUAGGAAUAUUUCUCAUAAAACUAAAUCAAAAGAAGUACUUCAAGUGCUUCGACUCUCUCAGGUCCAUAAGAAACAUAAUUUAUAAAGAAAAGGAGAAUGAUUGGACAGUCACAGCUACAACAGCGGCCACAAAGAUUGACAGGGAGUCCUAAGUUCAAGAAAAAAUUCAAAAGACAUUCAAACUCAGUGAUGGAAGUCACCAGACCACACAAAGGGAUCAACAGGAUGUUCAACUAUAAAUAUAUCACACGUCAAACAGUUAGAGAGAACCACAGAAUCUUCGAGAUUCUAAAGCCAGAUGAAUUUAUUGAAGAAGAUAAAGUCCGGGAUUUCGAAGUUUUGGAUAAAUAAACUUGCUGAGACAAAAGCCCAAAUAGUCUCAAUUCGAGAAACAAUUUCUAAGAUGACAGUGGGGCCUCAGAAUUAUGAAGCGAAUACACAGAAUUUUAACUUUGACACUGAAAUUACAAAGUCUAAAGACGCUGAGGAUGAUAUCAUCUCUGAGCUAGAAAUGGGCUCAGAAACUGGGUUUGAGAUUAACCUUAAAAGCCAACUCCGAUUCGGCCUCGCCAGGAAAAUAAUAGACAUAAAAUGAAAUGAGAUCAUCGAUGAUAAGGGUACAAAAGAGAGAUUUCUUGAGAAAAUGGAGAUGUUGAAGACAAAAAGAAAUCUCCAGAAGAACAUCCUGACCAAUCGGAAUAUCUCAAGCAUCCAAAACGCUGAUAGUAUACAUCACAAGAUUAUCAGAUUCAAGCCCAAGCAUAUGACGGAUUUUGAAUAUAGGAAAAUGUUAAUAAAUUCCCGCAGGAAUAUAAAUCUUGAGAGUAACCACAAAAGAGCCAAGUUCCUUGUCGACAAGAAGGAAUACCUCCUUGGAUUCUGCGAGAAGCAAAGGCAAGAGAGGAGCCAUUUCUUGAUAAUGUCCAAAACUGUCCAGACUUGGACCAAGUUCCUCCUCCUCAAUCAGAUAUUUAGGGAGACUAAGAAAUAUAUUGAGAAGAGAAAUGCUGAUAAGAGAAGAGCCAUGGCUAAAUUCGGAAGCAUUGCCAUCAUUGAAAAGAUUCUAGGGAGGUUCCUUAAGAAAUACAGAGACUCACGUGUGAGAAGAUGCACAAAUAAAAUCCGCUUCUUUUCAGUCUUCCAGGCUUCAAUCUUAAAAGAGAACGCUGAACAUAAGUGUAAGGCUAUCCUUCUGAAGUUCUUCCAAGAUAGGAAGUCCAAGUGUAUGAUGUUCUACUGUUUCAAGUCUGUUGAAAGGAAAGUCAUGAUAAUUCAAAAGAGAUGGAAGUGAAAAUCAGAGGUAAAUAAAGAAAGAAUCCUUUUUUUGAAGUCAUAUUGGAACAGCGAACUAGUCCAAAUCAGCGAGCUUUAUGAAAAGAAAGAACCUAAGAAUAAAGUAGAUAAGAAGAUCCUCUCCAUUAUGUAUCAGAUCAAUUCUAUUACGGCGAAUAAGCAUGGGCAGAAAUAAAAAAGAGUCUUUGAGAGAUGAAAUUCUUAAGGACUUCUACACUGCUUGUAUCACAACUUACUAUAGCAUCUUCAGAAUUUGGCAUAAGAUACAUAAGAAGGUCAAUACCGAUUCCAAAACUGUUAAUAUACUAAAAUAAUGCAUUCAAUGUCAAUUUUGAUACUGGAGAAGACAACCAAAAGACAGGAGUGCAAAGUUUGCUCAAGCAGAAAACCCAAGAGCUCCGAAGAGUUAAUACAAUGGAGCUUCUUGAAAGCUUCAUUGAAUCACAACAACAUGUAGCUCAUUUUGGCCAAAUUGGAUAUGAGCUCCAGUACAAAAUAUUCAGAACAGCUGCUGUCACCAACAGACGGACUCAAAGACUAAAGAUGUCACUAAUAGAGACACUAGGAAUGAUCAAGCAACUGGAAGGAGAGUAUGAGGACCUUUAUCCAGAGAAUGAUUUUAAGUCUGACGACCCUCCUGUGUUCAUAUUUCUUCCUUCCAGAACUCUUAUCAGGAAGAUGAUAGUUGACGCCAUUCUUGAGAUCAAUAUGGAACUAAUAAAAGCAGCAACCUAG